AUGAUUGUGGUCUAUGACUACGCCCCCAACCGAUCACUCUAUCAGCAGAUCCACGGAAUAGACAGCAGUUCGCCAAUAAGGCCAUGGAAGAAGAGGCUAGAAAUUAGUAUCGGAGUGGCGCGGGGGUUACACUACCUUCACUCAGGAACCAAACGCACCGUCAUUCAUCGCCAUAUAACAUCGGCUGCCAUUCUUCUGGGCGAGAAUUGGGUUCCCAAGCUCGGAUAUUUCGGGCUCUCUUUAAAAGGACCGAAGUUCUCAGCAAGGGAUGCGAAGCCCAUAAAGUUGGAAUCCAUUGAAGGUCCCUGGGUAUACACGGCUCCUGAAUGCUUACGCGCCACCAAUGUCACGUAUAAAAGUGACGUAUAUUCAUUUGGAGUAGUUUUGUUAGAACUAGUUUGCGGAAAGACUUUAUCCCAAAUCAGUAAUCACGAGUGGCGUCAAGUUGAGAACACUGCAGAUUUUUUCCAAUUUACGAUGAGCGUUGUUCAGAAAGUACGUGACUUGGCAGGAACAGGAAGAGCUGAGGGAAUUAUUGAUGAGAGUUUGGUGGGAGAAAUAGGAAGAGGGUGCUGGAAAUUGUACAUGGACAUUACAGAGAGUUGUCUGAAUGAAGAUCCCAAUGACAGGCCUGAUAUGGGAGACGUUGAAGUGCAGCUUGAACUUCUGUUGCAGCUACAAGAGGAUCCAGAUUCUAACAGUAUAAUGAUCCCUUGA